AUGCCAUGGAAGUGCGUGAAGUGUGGCGACUCGACAUACCGACGCGAUCGAGUCUGCCAAACAUGUCGUGGGCACCGCCGAGGGUCCAACAACCGGCUCUUGGUGAAGUACAGGCUGCGCAUGAAGACGACGCCUACGCAAUCGUCCCGCAAGUUUUGCUUCCCCAAAACUGAUGAAGGGCCCAAAGGUCAGGCGGGCACGGGGAAGAAGCAGGACGGUGGAAAAGGGAAGCAAGAGAGCAUGGCAGAGGCGCUGGAGGCCAGGCGAGACCUCUUUCGUCAGGUCUUCGGUAACGACGCAGAUUACCACUCGGCCAUGGCCGUAGCCCAUGCCAUCAUGCAGAGGAUAACGUCGAACUCCGGGACUUUGCUGCAGACUUCUUGCCCGAAUCUGUGCGGGCUGGUGGGCUUCGCUAUGACUCUGUCUGCCCGGCUCACGGAUGACCAGAUAGAUGUCUACUGUGAGCGCAUGCUGAAGGUGAUGCGCGUGAGGUUCAAAGACAUGCAGUGGUCGCAGUGUUACUGGGUGAGCCUCUACCACGACUGCGGGGACAACCGAGACGUUCGUGUCCUCGGCGACUGA